AUGGGGCCAUGGAACAGGAACAGGCAGUGGCUGCGAAUGGGUUAGCCCCUGCUCCCUGUCCUGAGAUGAAGCCUCUGGCCAGCCAGAGCACAGGUCCUGCUACGCAACAUAGAGUAGGGGUCUGUUCCCCCUCCCAGCAGGGGAUUCAGGUCAGACUUGAAUCCUGGAGAAGACAACAAAGAAUCAAAAGGGUAGAUUCAGUGAAGGCUUCUGGCCCAACUCAGCAACCCUGGAGCCAUGUGUCCUCUGCCUGUCCCCCUCUCCUGUACAGCCAAGCCCGCCAAGCUAUGGUGGGUGCUCCCACUGCUCUCACUGUCCUACCCAAGUGGCCAAUCCUCAAGAAGAGCAAACGACUGCUUCUGGAAUCCCUUAUGAGGCGGAAGAUUGCACACCUGAAGUGGGGCCUUCCCCAGCGGAUUCUGGACUCCUAUUUGUUGUUUCACUUCUUAGGAUCUUGCUCAUUGCCCCUUACUGGGGUGAAGCUCCCUGGAUUAUACUUACACCAGGAGCUCCAAGGGCAACAGGAAAGGCAUUGUGAGGCCCAUGGCUCCAGGCCAGGCUCUCAUUCCCCACAGAGGUUCCAGAGGGUCCAGCCCAUUGGCAGAAAAAGCUCAAAACUUUCUGUACAGGUCAGAGCUCUGGAGAAGUGUAGACCAGAUGGGUCAGAGCCAUGGUGCAUUUCCACACUGCCUGAAAAGCCCAGGAGAUUGGCUGAGCCCCAGCAGUAA